AUGGCCCAGCACAGGACGAUGACCAUCUGGAAGUCAGAGCAGUACAGGACCAAGGUUGAUGUGGUGAAGUAUCGUUUGCAAGAUGAUGUGUCUAAUGCUUACGUGCUCAGGAGAGCGGUGAACCAUGUGGGAGUCAGCCACUUGAUACAGGAAUGGCAGCUGUGCUUUUACAGUGUGCCACUGGAAGAAGUUAAUGAAAAUACAGUUCAGGAAAAACUGGAAGGAGAACAGACAUCCUACAUGAACAGAUUCCAGCUCCACUGGAAAUCUGUUUUAAUCUUCAUUUUGGCUGUUCUAACCCUAACCUUCCUCAUCACGAGUGUCAUCGCUUUCAUGCAAGAGAAAAGCUCGAUUCAAAGGGAAAUGAAGUUACAGAUAGAGAUCGAGAGGCUGAGGACAGCUUUACAUGCAGCUUUGGAAAAGCCCGACCUUUUGGACCAGGAGAACAGACAGUUAAAGGAGCUUCUGAGGAUCCAACAGAACAACUCCAUGCAGCUGAAAGAUGAAAAUGAACGCCAGCGUUCAAUCCUGGAACAGCAAAGCUUGCUUCUGAGCAACGCAUCUCUGGAGAAAACACAGCUAAAAGCUGAAAAUGAACGCCAGCGCUCCAUCCUGUUGUCGAACAAACUCUCCUUCCUGUGGGAGUUUUGCAACAAACAGACACUUCUGUGUUCACGCUGCAUCCCUGGAUGGACGGAGCAUUCAACACGCUGCUUCACUAUAUCAACACAGAAGAAAUGGCAAGACGCACGCGAGGACUGUAUGUCUAACAGCGGCGACCUCGCUGUUGUUCUGAAUCCGGAAGAUCAGGCCUUCCUCACCAACUUGACCUUUCGCUAUGUUCAGGAGCACCCUGAAGAAGAGUUCCUCGCUGCUUGGAUCGGGUUGGAGGACAUGGUGAAGGAAGACAAAUUCAAGUGGGUCAACGGCAGGAGACUGCAGAGGGAUUUGCUCUACUGGAGGAAUAAACAGCCAGACAACGUAGUCGCCUCCUGGGACACAAAGAGAGCAGGCCAGGAUUGCGUCGCCAUUGUCCCACCAAAGAGCAUGACAGGAGAGAAUUGGCUGAAGUCGUGGGACGACAUCACCUGUGUUGACAGUCGUCACUAUAUAUGUUGGUCCUGA